CAUGAAACAACAGCAGGAAGUGAGUCGCUGCGGUGGUCAAAUACAUACAGCGAGGAACAUUUGAGUUCAACAACUGCACGAUAUAAUGCAAACAUCUACAUUGAAGUCAGAGAAUUGUCUGUAAAUUGAGGGUUUCAGUGCAGCCAGGCAAAUGAGUGUGCGUGCUUUGUGGAUUAUUUCUCACGAGAAGGGAGAACAUGUGUCAACUUUUUCAAGGAGGUAUGCUACUGUGGAGCACCGUGCAAGGAGCCUGGCAGGUUCCUCUUAUGUAGCAGUCCCAGAAGACAACACUGUGCUGCAGCUACUGCUCACAGAGCUGGGACUUUCAGACUCAGAUAAGUCUUAUGUAGCUCUCAGAGAUGACUGCCUUCAUCGUCAGCGAUCACCAGCCCUGGAGCUGCGUGUGGACAGUCAUGGAAAGGGAACACUUUGGCCAGUGUUGGCCAUCUCGCAAGGGCCUCUUAUCCUGGCUUGCCUGCCUUUAGUGGAUGCCCCAGCUGAACCUCGGCCACCCCUUGCCAGCCUGCUUUCUGUCUCCCAAGGCCUCACACUCCUGGCAGGUCUGCAGACUUUUCUCAUCGGUGCUGGGAGUAAGCCUGAUAGCGAAGGGCUGGCCUCUCGCAUGGCGAUGCUGCCCUCUGUACUCUUGCAGGUUUGUCCACUUGGCACGCCCCUGGAUGUGCCACUUCUGGGGACACCUGCUACACCCACUGUGCCCAAUCCGGCUGGCAACCAGAAGCAGCCAGCCUGGAAGAUGGGUCUCCACCGCGGUCGAGCUGUUGUGAACGUAGCGCUGACAGAAACAGUACGCUCCAUGCAGUAUGGUAACCAGAGCAGACAGGAUCUGUGGGAUGUUUUUGGCACUGUGACAUGCAAAUGUGAAGUGGAAGGGGUGCUCCCAAAUGUGACGGUGACCCUCACACUGCCACCAAAUGGUUCUCCACUACAGGACAUCCUGGUCCAUCCUUGUGUCACCUCACUGGAUUCUAGUAUCCUGACUGCCAGUAGUGUGGAUAGCUGGGAUGGCUCCGCUUUCUCUGGGCCAUAUAAGUUCCCCUUCUCUCCUCCUCUGGAACUUUUCAGACUAUGCAGCUAUACAUCUCAGGUCCCUGUUCCCCCUAUCCUUGGUUCAUAUCAACUGAAGGAGCAUGAGAACCAGCUGUGUGUGUCAGUAACCCUCAAACUUCACGAAAGUGUGAAGAACAGCUUUGAGUACUGUGAAGCACAUUUUCCUUUCUUCAACAGGGAUCAGAUGGGAGUUGUGGAUGUGAAGGUGAGCUCUGGACAACUGGAUGUCUCAAAGGAGAAGAACCUGCUGGUCUGGGGCCUGGGACAAAAGUUCCCUAAAUCUCGCGAGGUCACAAUGGAAGGCAAGAUCAGCUUUUCUGGACCGACACCAGGACCCACAGACCCCCUCUGCACAGAACUUACAGCCUAUAUCAAAUUGUAUUUCAAAGUGCCUGACAUGACGCUGUCUGGGUGCUGUGUGGACCCGCAUUCAGUGCAGGUUUAUUCCUCUGCCAAACCGCGAAUUGUAACAUCCCGAGAACUUCUAUCCAAAGAGUACUUCAUAUGGAAUUCAACAGGAACUGCUCCGGUUUCCUCUGGGCAGAUGAUGCUGUAGCAUGGUUACAUUGAGAGCUGCUCGGUGGAAAGGAGCACAGUUCAUAUAUAAUGUGAACAUAAUAGGACUGAAGACCCUGUUAGAAGCAUAUACAGUGAUCAGGACUGGCUGAUGAUAGAAAAUGAGCUGACAAAUGAUAGAAAAUGUAAAAAGACAUUUUGCUUUCACUCACAGUUCACAAUGUGCAAACUCUGACUGGCAGAAGUAUUGAUUUUGUUGAUGGAUAGAUACUUAAAACAAAGGACCCGCCCCUGUAGUCCAGCUUCUUUUAUAUUCCAACCUUCAACCCUCCCUCAGAAUUAUCCCAUUGCAGACACAAGGGCCACCCCUUGCUCUGACAGUCCCACUUCAGUGACUCUCCAUCAGCCGGAUAAUUAGCAGCUGGGUCCUUGUCAUCAGCUGUUGGGGCCUGGAGGAGAGGGGCGGCCGGGCAGUGAAAGGCCAGGCUCCUCGGGCCAGUGUCUUGGCUACAAAAGGCUCCUCUUUUAGAGCUGGCAGGAGUCCUUGCCCCCUCCACCUAUCACUCCCCCACCCCUUUUGACUCCAUCCCCGCCCUGUCAACUACUGGCUAGUUCAAACACACAACCUCUCCAACCAGUCUGACCCUGUGGCCCUCUGAGACUUUAAAGCACCCUGUCCCAUUCAGUAAGCAGGACCUGCCUAGUUGGAGACAAAGUCAUGGAUGGAAAUGGUAGGGCUGCGUAGGUGAUUUAACUCAAUUAAUGUAGUUCUUUAAGUAUGAUGAUUUAAAUUUUUAUUGUUCUAACACACGUGUCAAGGUACACCCACUUUUACAAUCAGUACUUAAUUAUAAAGAAAUUAUUUAAAAAGGGGCAUUUAGUUCCAGACAUUUUUCACUGUUUACUAUUAACCUGAACUACGGUGAGUUUCUGAACUGUUACAUUUCUACCAUGAAAGCUCCACCUCAGUGUGUUAAGCUGAAAAAAUAACUAGCCGAUGAAGGGUUAAAUCAGAGGAGAUUGUGCUCCAUAUAUCCGCAGCAGCCAGACUCCUCUGAGUGCCCUCAUUGUCUGCUGUUGGCCUCUUGUGCCCCUUGCUGGUCCAAAUGCUGCAUUCUCACGUGGAUUUCCACUCAGAAGGCUGACCAUGACCAAUCCUCUGUCAAUUGGAACCAAUUGCUCACACGGCAUCCUUCACCUUCUUUUUAUGUAGCAGUGCGGAGUGGCAGACACCGAGACCUCUCGGCUCUCCCCUUCCAUGAUGAUUUGGCUUUAAGGCCCAGUGUGUGUGGCUAGCGAACUGGAAAAGGAGAAGUUUUUUUGAAGAGUUGGGCCACUCUGAAUCUCCUCAGUAUCCCAAUAUGUGGUCAGUCUGGCUCCUCAAGUCUGAAGUCAGUGGCCUCUCACUGGCAGACUUUGCUUUGUUGAUUGAAUGGCUUGCUAAGUAGACAGACUCAUUUUAAUGUUUUGCCUCACUCCAGUGCCUUCAGCACACACCUUUGGGCCUUUUGAUUGUACAGUGUUUUUCAGAAUCAUUAAUUAACUAAUUAUUUAUUUCAUCAUUGUUUGCUUUUCUAUACACACAUACAGGAAAGGGAUUUCACUUUUUUAUUUUUAUUUUUUUUACAAUAAUCAUCAAAAUAAAACUCACACAGGCAAUUUGUGACAGUAAAGCAGCAGUGUUGAUUUCAUAAACCAGGUUAAUAUAUAUUACAAGGUUGCAAAGUCUUGAAUGCUUAGAUUAUCUUUCAGACCAAAAGGUUUUGAUAACCAAAACAUUUACUCCACUUUUACAAACACUGCAACUGUUAACCACUCAACUGUGGGAGUUUACCUCACUGUGUCCCUCAGCCCAAUAAUGACACCCAGUGGUGGAGUACACUAAAGUUCAUCUGAGAAUGUUUGGCUUUCUUUGAUACAGUUUAAUGCUCAUUUCUUCUAUUGAAAUACUUCUACUCAACCACUGCCAGGUAAUCUUUACUGAUUUAAUUCCUGUGCAGCCGCCUGCUGUGCGUCGUGAUCUCAGCACUGUUCAUCUAACGCGCCAUGUCUGAGGACCAGGUUUUUGUUGGCCACUGUGGCCUCAGGUGUUUGGUAGGAGUCCAGUUACUCUUAGCCUCUCUAAACCCACUAAGAGCUGGCCUCAGGGAGACCACUUGAAUAAUUAUGGUGCAGUUAGCUGUUUCCUGUUUUCAGUGUAAUUAUUCUUCAAGAGCACAGAUUUUCAAACAAGGGGAUAUCUUUGUAUACUAAAAGAUUCCUUUGUACUAACCUUUACACCAAAUUCCCAGUAAUAGACAAGCUUCAAAGCUGGCUGAUUUGAAUCCCAAAUCUUUGAAUUAAAUAUAAAAUGUAUUUUUGGACAUUUGGUGUCAAAAUUGUGGAAAAGGCUAAACGAGCUUCAGACUCACUGCCUCAACAGCACCACUUUCACCCAUAGAGGGCACCAUAAACUCAGCCAUCAAGGCAAUAUUCCUGGAGCAUCAAGAGUUUUGUUUAUAUUGCAUAUUGUUGGUUGACUGCAUGUCCAUUUUAUAAUCCCAUAUUCCUCUUGCACAUCAUAUCCUCGCUGUCUGACAGCUUCUGGCUGACUCAGGCCACAUCCAACCAUCCUUCUAUGUUUUACACUUCUAUUCCUGCUAUUUCCCAAUCAGUUUAACAAGAUAGGUUGUGUUCUAAAGACAGUUCCCUAUGUCCAGUUUGUUGAUUUCUUUCCUCUCUGUUUCUGGCUUCUUGAGCUCAAUCUCUCUGGAUCCUGUCCUCUCCUGUGUCCAGGAGCUGUUUCUUUGGCUGCUUAUGUUGUCUCUCUUCACUGAGGUGAGGCAGAGACAUGGUGUCCAGAAGGCAGCUGGGGUCCAGACUUUCUCCUGUAGUCUCAUCCCAGAAGAUGUCCCUCUCUGUGGGCCUUCUCACAAGUUUCAGUCUCUGGAUCCCUUCUCUAUUUGGACCUACAGGGACAAAUUAAAUGACCAAAUGAUGUUGGGGUCGAUCAGUAGACCACAUUCAGAUAUAUUUUGCUUGUUUAAAAUAAUAAUUUGGAGUCUUACCAUUAACUGUGUAGACAACCUUAUGUCUUCUCUGCUCUCUGGCAUGUCGGAGGUGAGCUCGCCGAUGGCGAAGAGCCUGUUGAGUGAGAGCUGUCUGGGCCUCCAGGAACCCUCCCUAGAAAGGCCACAGAGUCAUAACCAACCAGUGGUGGAAAGUAAUAAAGUACAUUUAAUCACUUACUGAGGUACUUUAUGCUUAUACUUCACUAUAUUUCAGAGGGGAAUACUGUACGUUUUAUGACUACAUUUAUUUGACAGAUGUAGUUACUCGUUCUUUAAAAAACAACAUAAAAAAAUACAAUGCAUUGUUUCAGAUUAAACCACUUGUACCCAA